UUUUUUCCCAAUCUCAUUUUUCUUAGUUUAAAAUUUUUUAUGACGCUUAAUAAACUUCAUGGCCCCAAUUUAGCUCCGUACAAAUCGAAUGCGGAACGACAAGAAAAUCUUUUAUUUUGGAAGGAUCUUCAGGAAGAGUUGUGGUUUUGCAGUUUGACGCCGCGUGCGGGCGCCUCGCAUUCCAAUGCCAUCGAGAUGUGAGCAGUGUGCGGCGGGACUUCGCUGCUUCCCAACGCCUCUCUCCGUCUUCCAGGCGCAGUUUGUACGGGUUAAAAAUGUUCAACUCCAAGGAAGGGAACUCCUGUCCCGACGGCUACCGGGCUUUAAGCACCAUCGAGCUGAGGGAGCUUUUACACAGCGACGACAAAAUGGACCAAAUUAUUCGACUCAAUGAGAAGUUCCAGGAGCUCCAGGUUGAUCGGGAGAUGCAGCUGACCUCCAACCGGAGCCUGGCGGAGGAGAGCCUGGCUCGGCGACCCCGCCUCAACAACGGCAAGCUCCAGCUGGCAGAGAAGUACAAGGAGCUGUCCAACCUUGUAACCACAUGCUGGGAAAAACAGAGUCAGCUGGAGGCUCGUGGGCCGAGGCGCAGCCUGCAGACGGCGCAGAACCUCCUGCAGGAGGAGGUGGCACGUGCUGAAGAACACUCCGAGGAGCUGCUGGAGAAGUUCAUGGAGGGGAACGUGAGUCUGGAUGAGUUCAUGGAUUCGUUCCAGAGCUCCAGGACGACAUACCACAUCCGCCGGGCUCAAACAGAGAAGAUCCAAGAGGACGUUCAAGCCCGGAAGCAGCCCAACAAAAGCAAGAGACCCGAGGAGAGCCGGGUCCCUGAGGUGAAGAAGGACUCCGAGCCGCAGCAGGAGCCUCAGCGGCCCAACGGCUUUGUGGCACAGGGGCCUCUCAGAGUGUUCCAGGUCCGAUACGGCCUGACGCCAGCCAUCCUCGUCCCCCAUUAUCCUGUUUCCCCCCCUGCCUCGGCGCCGAACCAUCAAAACCCUGCCUCUGAACCCCCAGUGGCCCAGACCCACAUCUUGAGCCCCAGCAGCCCGAUCCCAGGACACGGCCAGCCAGUUGGCCUCCGGGUCAUAGGCCAGCUGCCAGGCGGCUGGCCCGCUAACGGGCGGCCGGUCCGGGUGCAGCAGCUCUACAGACCCAACCCGCAGCAGCCCGAGCCGCCAUACCGAUAAGCUCCAGCAGGGGGCGGUAAAGAGACAGAGAGGUCUUCCAACCCGUCGGAGCCAAGCGGGGGCUGUCACAGUCACCCAGGCAGGCAGGCAGGACCGAGGUGCGACGUUUCUGUUGUCCCUCCAUGGCAGGAUAGCAUGAGCAGAAAGGUAGAGAGGUGGCAGACAGGAGAGCCGGGGAUGGGUUGGGAUAACGGCUCGGGUUCAACUCUGGUGAGCUAAUCUCCUCCAAAACAUCCACUAAUCUGCUUUCAUUACUUCAUAAAACCAAAACAGGAACAGCUGCUGUGUGCUGGUUUGAACCCUCCCAGGUCCCUCAACAUUUUCUGCAUUGUUGGUGCAAAAAUAUUUUCUUUUUUCUUAGGGAAUUUGUAUUCUCUUUUAUAUAAUUUUUUUAAUAAAUGGAGCAAUCUGCACCCCUUAACCAUUUUUGUGCCAUUCUGAAUGUGUUCUUUGGUUAUACCAGCUCCUGGGCCAGUCUUUAAAAAAAUCCAGCCUUCUUCAAAUUAAACAAAAUUGGUGUGAAAUCUUUAAAGGCCAACAAAAUUAUAACGACACAAACAAAAACUUCUGCUGCACAAACGUAACACAGAUCAUUGACACCAUAUUUCAAAUGAUUUUGUAAAUAUGGACCAGCUAGAUGACCUUUGAACUCUGAAGAUAUUUAUGCCUUUAAAAUGGUAGUGGCACAAACGUAAAUUUGACACAAAUUUCGUUUGUUUUCUUUUGUUCUUUGCCACAUUGUUUAAAGAAACAAUGUGGUUUCAGAAAAGUUUUCAUCCAGAUGAAUCUGCACAGAUCAUUGUUUUAAACAUGCCAAACCCAUUGGGGGCCGUGUAGCACACAGCUAAAUUCUGUGAGCCAAAUGGAUUUCUUGAAAAGAAACAUAACUUCCUGCUAUAAACUAAACAUGGUGCCCGGAAGUUCGAUUGUCUGGACAGAUAUAUAGGCUCAACUACUUUUAAAUAUCGUAUUGGAAUAUAAAGUUAUUAAAACACAAAAUGAUACAGAUCGGGAAUCGUGUCAAAGCAAGUAUGUGGAUUAAUUUUUGCAUUAUUUGUCACAGACUGCGAUGUGCAGGACCGUAGAUCUGUUUUCUAAUGUUCACACAAGCACAAAAACUGAGUUUUCGCAAAUUUGAAGGGAGUUUUAAUAAAUAAAUGGAGUUCUUGUGUGGAUGAAAGGCAAAUAAACAUUUUGAGUCUAUGAACACAAGAUUUUCUAUUUGCAUAUUUUAAUCACUUAAACUGGAAUUUAAGUGAUUAAAAAGUCUGAAAAUUUGGAAAUAUUAUUUAUUUAAAGACUGCAUUUUAUAAUGGCACAAAACAAAAUGGUGAGGAAAAAAAAUGAAGGGACCUCAGAGAGUUGACCCAUAAAAACGCAACCAAGAGAAGCUUUUUGUGUUUUCCAGCCCUUAGAUAAGAGAGACGACACUGCUGCUAUCGAAGCCCAUCCCCAUGGAGAACAACAUGUUUUUAAUCGUUAAUUCAAAUUAUUUUCUAAUAUAUUUUGUAUUUUACAACAAUGAAUAUGAAAGCACAGAGCAAAGUCAGAUGUUGGAAGAAGAGGAAAAAGGAUCUUAUUGUUAGUCAUACAGCUUGAAACAAAGAGAAGCUCAUCCAGCUGAACGAUGACGUCAGUAAAGUGGCGUUGGACAUAAAGUCCUGUUGUUUUCCGUUUAAGACAGAGACCUUCAUGCUUGGAGUCAUUCCCAGGAUUGGGUACGCUGCAGGAUGUUGGAAGGAAUGCGGCUGCAGACUCGUCUCUUUCAGCCUUUCAUUAGCACGGCUCAUCGGUGGGCGGCUUAUUUAUUCAUGUAAAUUCUGUUUUUUACGUCCAACUUCAAAGCCCCUUGUUUACCGAAUGAGGAGCUGCUUCCUCCUUUCCAGGGAAGCCACUGUUUUUAUUCCUGAGCCGCAAAGUGCGAAUGUCACCGCUUCCCCGCCGCCUGUCCUGCAGAAAUUUAUGAAAGACAGCAGUUUGGCUCUGUUCUUAAACAUAAGUUUGCUCAUCGCUCAUGGGUAUCUCAUAAGUGCAUGCUUACAACAGCUUGUUCAAGUACAUGAAAAUGCCUUCAAAAAGCCAGCGCCCAGUUGCAUAAUAAACAAUUAAUUUGACUUCCUCUUCUAAUUUGAAAAAGAUCCUUAAAUGGAGGGGGGAAAGUGAACGGUUGUUUCUGUGUUUAACACUUCAUAACAAGGAAUACAUUUUUUGUUUAGUAGCUUUUCAGUCCCUGAACUUAAUGUGUUUUUAUUAGUGGUGCACCAAUUUCCUUAAUUUUGGGAGACCAGCACUUGGCUGAUACUUCCCUAUGAAAAGGUCUUAUUGUUGCUAAUUUAGUCACCACAUUUAGCGACUUUUCUGACAAAAAAAAAAACAAACAUCUGAAUUGUCAGGUCUGGCUUUUUCAGUUCAACUUCAAAAA